CUUCUCGUCUUGCAAGCACAACUUGGAACCACGCUCUGCUCCUUUUUUCCCCCAGGUAUGCCAAGGGAGAGUGUAGUCUCGAAGAAAGCUUUCGGAAAGCCCUGUGCAGCCUGAAGCGUCUCAAGUCUGCGCUGGCUGGUACCGCCUUAGCUACCUAUUCCAGUGACCCCGCAACUCAGCCACCAUUGGGAGCAUCCAACUUUGACAUCUUGACUCACCCACAACGACAAAAGUCUGCUUUUUCAGGACAAGAACUUCUGCAAUUAUUAUUGGAUACGGCGGCAGUGGACUGCUUCUUUCGGCAUUCAUCAUCGUUAUGGCCGAUCGAGUCGCCGCGGACAAAGGCCAGAGCAGUCGUGACCAGGAACGGAGUUCUGAAGUUGGCCAGGAUGCGACCUCUUCCGUUCCUGGGGUGCCGGACAGUGAAGUCGAGGGCAGAAAACGCAAAGGCCGCAAUAAUAAGCGGCUGCGAGGAACACGAGACACGUCCCCGAACAUUGAGCGCCCCAGAACGUUUACGUGCCCAUUUUACGUGUACGAUCCUAAGGGCUACGCCCGGUGCUGGCUAUUUUCUCCUCGCAGUCUGGCCGAUGUCCGCCAGCAUAUCCGACGGACUCACAUGCAGCCUUUCCAUUGUCCCACCUGUAACCGGGUCUUCGUUCGCCAGGGAGAUCGUGAUAGGCACAUAAACCAGCGCACCUGCAUCCGCAGGGACAUCAAGAUUCCCGGCAUUACUGAAAAUCAGUCACAACAGAUCAAGGACUCUCAAAACGGCUCCGGUUCAGAAAUGGAAAAAUGGUUCACGCUCUGGGGGAUCAUAUUUCCUGAUGCUGUCCCGCCUGAUUCGUCCUAUAUUAAGGCCCCUAUGUUCAUGGACCCGGUGCAGCAACUAUUUGAUCAACAAUUUAAAGAGGGGCCCCUUCCACGAGCACCUGCCACUUCUGAAGCCUCGAUAGGAGAGAUUCACCCUGCCAGACCAAACACGUCCCCUUGGGACGAUGUGGACGACAUGUCAUCCGAUGAAGAUAGAUAUGCUCGAUCAUUCAUCUUCUCUGCGAGUGUGUCUGCGUCUUCUGAUACGUCUCGCUCAUCUUCUGGCCAUGCCAAGCCCGCCCGAGAAAUCCUCGCGGACCUUCUGACGAACGAUGACGAACUCCGAGCGCUUCUAGCUGCUGGGGCCGCGGAUACUAACAUUGGGAUUGAGAGGCUUUCUAAAAACUUCCGCACCUUACUAAAAAUUUAUUCGGAGGAGCUACUCGAGCUUGCGGACACAACUGCUCUUAAAGAGGCGGGAAAACUUGUGAGGAAUAGUUCGUUGUAUGUGUCGAACAGGAUUCGAACACAGUUUGGCCAGCCAUCCCAAUCAUCUCCUUUGGAAGAUCCCGGGCGGCUUAUGAAUGAAGAAGAAAGAUCAGCAAAGGAGGAGAGAUUGAAUCAAUAUCUCAAGUCAUUGAAUGCAGCAGAUCAGAUAGCCCUUGGCGACGCACUUCCGGGGGCUGGUAUUGAAGAUACUGAUGAGGACUGGCACGAUGAGGAAGCCAUCACAAACGCACUUGAGCAGGUCAAAUCCUUCCUACGAAACGGCCCACCAUUUGAAAAUUUGAGACAAAGAUUGAAGAGCUUUGUCACGCCAGCUUCCGGCGCAGGAGAUCAGCCCAUGGAUAAAGGCAUGGUGAAAAUCCAGGCAUCAGCAGAUGGGUUUACUCAGACGUUGCCUAUUCUCAUAGACUCAUUGCUUGAGCACUUGGUAGAUUUGCUUCCGGAAUCCCCAGUUCAUGAAGGGAAGGUCCGGGCUAGGUGGACCUGUCGCUGUGGAGUGCGCCUGUUUGACGACUUUACCGAGCUUGAGCUAGGAUCGGUGAAAGACCUCGAGAAUCACCUACGGGAACUCAAUUCUGGGACGCAAGGUACUCAACAACUCGCACGAACGGUUUUCGAAUCUAUGAAAGAUCUGUCAAUACGUGUUCAAAGUGUGUUCCGCCGAAUGCGGAGAGCAACGAGAAUCCAGGGCACUACGCUACCACUACAAAACGUCGUGUCACAAUCUGCUGGGACUGGACCUCAGGGUCAGAAAUCUCUACAUAUCCUCUUCUGCAUAGAGAAAGAGAAUUUGGGGACGAGGUUGCAUCAAGCAUGUGUUGAAAAUAUCAAUACAGAUCGCGAGACGUUCGAUUUGUUGAGAAAGGAAUACCAAGCACGUCGAAACACAACGUCUUGGCUCACUCUAAGAAGCAUCAAGAAAUUGUCCUUGAGUCGGUUUCUUAUCGACUCGAGCAACUUGGCGGAUGUUCACUGGCACUUGGAUAUCUGCAGGGCGGGUUGUGUCUGUCUACCACCACUUCCUCUAGUACUGGAGAAAAAAUACGCUUGCUGUCCAGCACCAGAGGUUCCUCAAAAACACGAACCGGCCAUUGGGCCCAAUCGCCUGAGACAUUGCUUUCUAAAUCCCGAAUGCCUGAACUUAAAUCAACAAAGCAUCUACAAUCAGCUGCCCAAGAGGGUGGGUAAACCAUUGUCGGUAUCCCAUCUAGAGGAAGAGCUUGGCUGGGGCGUCCAUUUUGAGGAGGGGUGGCAUCACAUGACGAUCUAUCUCAUCGCCGUCAUUCUUUUGGUGUUUUCCAGUCUAGUGUUUGGGAUUACUUGGGCUGUGACAAAAGGAGACAUCCAAGGCGCAUUUGCUAUCUCAUGCUUCUUGACUUCGUUAGGGGGGAUUCUAGUGGGAUAUCUGGCGAUAAAGAGUCAAUAGAUACAUGGUUUAAUUCGAAAGACUGUUGGUCACAGUCCUGAUAGGCAUAA